AUGUACAACGCUUUCAGGUUAGAGAUCUGCAGUUUGUCAGAGACCAGCUGUGAAGCUCUGGUCUCAGCUCUGAAAAAAAACCCGUCCAAUCUGACAGAACUGGACCUGAGCAGGAACGACCUGCAAGAUUCAGGAGUUGUUCAUCUGUGUGGUUUUCUGGAGAGUCCAGACUGCAGACUGCAGACUCUGAGGUUGAACUACUGCUGUUUGUCAAAGAUCAGCUGUGCUGCUCUGAUCUCAGCUCUGAAGUCCAACAUGUCCAACCUGACAGAACUGAACCUGAGAGGGAACAACCUUCAGUCUUCAGAUGUUCAGCAGCUCCAGGAUGUGGUGGAGAGUCCAAACUCCAAACUGCAGACUCUGAGGUCAGAGCUGCUUCUUCUCACCUUCAUCCAGUGGAUGGAAAUGGACCACAGCAGUCUGCAGCUUUCUGUGGUGGAGCGGUCGUUCCACUGA